AUGGUCGGUCGGGACGCGACGGACGAAAUCAAAGCAUUGCACUCAGAGGAAGCACAGAGACAUAUGCAGAAGUAUGCGAUAGGAAAGGUACAUGGAAAAUGGGAGAAUUUCUUGCCUCCCAUACAGGGAGGAAUAUUCAGAACUAUGGUAUCGAAGGAUAACGACGAAGCUGAUGAUUUCAGCCCAUCUGGACAAUUGACACCGCAAUCGCUCGUCUCCGAUGCUGAAGAGACAGGAGACGAACUUCGUCUGAGGAAUGUAGGCAAUCAUACGCCUAUUUCUCAAGCUUCAUCGACCGAGUCUGAACUGGAGCAGUUCAAAUCUGCGGAAGCAUCAAAAGCUCACGCGAUAUCAUCAGACCUUUCAAACUAUCCUCGUCUUGAUCAAAUGUCGCAAGACGAGGUCAUCUCAAAAUACCGCCAGCUCGAUGAGAAACUGCAAUCCGAAGGACUCUACCAAUGCCCAUAUAGCUCCUAUGCUGUUGAAUUUAUCCGAUACUUGACCCUUUUUGCUCUCUUCUUGACAUGUCUUCACUAUUCUUAUUAUUUUCUUUCAAGCCUUUUUCUUGGGUUACUCUGGCACUUGCUUUCAUUCCUCGUUCACGAUGCCGGGCAUCUAAGCAUAACACAUGGGUUCCACACGGACAGUUGUAUUGGGAUUUUUGUUGCAGAUUUCAUUGGUGGUCUUUCCGUGGGUUGGUGGAAACGGAAUCACAACGUCCAUCAUAUAACAACCAACUCGCCCGAGCACGAUCCAGAUAUUCAGCAUAUGCCAUUUUUCGCCAUAUCUUCUCGGUUCUUUGCCUCCCUGCGCUCGACCUACUACGACCGCGACAUGCCUUUUGACGCUGCCUCACGGUGGUUUAUCAAACACCAACAUUACCUCUACUAUCCCAUACUUCUAAUGGGUCGUUUCAACCUAUACCGUCUAGCAUGGAUAUAUCUACUAGAUCCAAAGCAAGCACCUCGUAAAGGCUCAGCAUGGUGGCAUCGCUACCUCGAAAUGACCGGCCAGGUGUUUUUCUGGUACUGGUACGGCUACCGAACGCUAUACCUCUCGGUCCCGACGUGGUCCUCUCGCAUCGCUUUCCUAUUCAUCUCGCAUAUGGUCACUGCCCCGUUGCACGUCCAACUCACGCUGAGCCACUUUGCCAUGUCGACCGUCGAUGGGGGUCUUCACGAGUCAUUUGCUCAGAAGAUGGUGCGUACGACUAUGGACGUGGAUUGCCCGCCUUGGUUAGACUUCAUACAUGGCGGUCUCAAUUUCCAAGUCGUGCACCAUUUAUUCCCUCGCCUCCCGAGACAUAACCUGCGCCGGGCGCAAAAGUAUGUCAAGGAGUUUUGCGACGAUGUCGGAAUCCCUUACGUGAUCUUUACUUUUACGCGUGGGAACAAAGAAGUCAUUAGCAGACUAGGCGAAGUCGCUGGACAAUUGAGAGUGAUGGAGGAAUGUAGGAAAGUUGCUGCGAAGGAUUUGAUUGAGGGUCACCACAGCCAUUGA